AUGGCUUCAAUUACAAUGAAAAAGGUGGAAAGGAUCAGGCAAAUAGUAAAGCUAAAACUAGUGAUGAAGAGGUGGAAGUCCAUAAGCCUCAAGCGCAGUGGGAAGCUACUCUCUUCUUCCUCUAAUAAUAACAAUGACAAUGGCGUCUUCUUAGACUCCUACAAUGGUACCAGUACUAGUACCGACACUGCUGUUUCUUCUACUCAUCAAAAUCACAUCCCUCUGGGCUUCCUUGCUGUCUACGUUGGAUCAGAACGAGAGCGGUUCUUAAUCCCAACUCGGUUCUUGAACCUUCCCAUCUUCAAAUGCCUUUUAGAGAAGGCUGAAGAAGAAUAUGGGUUCAAUUUCACCGGAGGGAUAGCACUGCCAUGCAAGGUCGCCUUCUUCAGGAUAGUAUUGAAGCAUCUUGAGAAAGACGAACACAAGUUUGGUGGGUUGAAAUUAGAUGAGUUCUUGAAGAUGCGCUCAAAAGUACAAGCAAGUUAA